AUGUCCAAAGUCACGUCAAGUUAUCAGACUCCUCAGCCUUCUCAGCUUGAGCCCCAGAUUGUCCAGAAUCUGCCUGAAAAUCACCCUAUUCAGAUCACUACAAUCCGACUAAAUGGUGACAACUUUCUCCGGUGGUCACAAUUUGUUCACAUGUAUCUCAGAGGGAGAGGGAAAAUUGGCUAUAUCACAGGAGACACGAAGAAGCCUGAUGUGAAGGAUCCAGCCUAUGCUGUUUGGGAUGCUGAAAAUUCCAUGGUGAUGACGUGGUUGGUUAACUCCAUGACUGAAGAGAUAGGAGCAAAUUAUCUCUGCUAUUCUACAGCCAAGGAAUUAUGGGACAAUGUCUCACAGAUGUACUACGAGUUAACUCUACAACUCGGAGAUAUUCGCCAAGGUGAGAACUCUGUGACUAAGUAUUUUAAAUCUCUUAAGAGAAUUUGGCAGGACCUGGACUUAUUCAACGAUUACAAGUGGAAGUCACCCGAUGACUACAAUUAUUACAAGAAGAUGGUGAAUGUUGGCUGA